GUCCUGCCAGCUGAUACUCAGAAGAUUUUCAAAGUGAAGAUGGCGAGAGGUGGCCGGAGUUUGAGAAGAGCAGUAGCCGAGUGUAUCAACCAGUUUCCAGCUACAGUUCGACGAGAGGCACCUCGGAGGAAUGGCGUGAGAUAUCUGUCUUCGUGUGGAAUCCUGAUGACCCGAGGACUCCCCCUCCUCAGGGUGACCCCAAGUCAUCCCAUCGUCGCCCCCGCCCGCAGCCUCUUCAACCUGGCGGAUUCAUUCAACAAGAGGAAGGAGUAUUCCGAGAGACGCAUUAUCGGGUACUCUAUGCAGGAGAUGUACGACGUGGUGGCAGGUGUGGAAGAUUACCGCCACUUUGUGCCGUGGUGCAAGCGCUCGGAUGUGAUCUUCCGCCGCAGUGGUUUUUGCAAGGCCAAGCUGGAGGUGGGCUUCCCCCCAGUGAUGGAGCGGUACACCUCGUUAGUCACCACAGUGCGCCCUCAUCUGGUCAAGGCCUCCUGCUCGGAUGGCAAGCUUUUCAACCACCUGGAGACGGUGUGGCGCUUUAGCCCCGGACUCCCGGGUUACCCCCGCACAUGUACCUUGGACUUUGCUAUCUCUUUCGAAUUCCGCUCCCUACUGCACUCCCAGCUGGCCACGGUCUUCUUCGACGAGGUAGUGAAGCAGAUGGUGUCGGCCUUCGAGCGGCGGGCCUGCAAGCUGUACGGGGCCGAGACCCACAUCCCUCGGGAGCUGAUGUUCCACGAGGUCCACCAAACGUAGCGCACGGCCCCUCCGUCGGGGAGCACAGGGAACAGGGAAGGAAGAGGGGGAUGAGGGGUUGGGACUGGGGUGUCGUCUGCCUGACCACCACCGUGCCUUAUUAGAACCUGGCCAUUGUUUUUACUCCCAAUAAUCACCUGCUCCUGAAUUUCAUUUUGAGUUUUCUCUCUUGUUUUCAUGCCAGCACCCCCCCCCCC